AUGAAGGUGUCGGUGCUAAAUACAGUGGAUACCUCGCAUGAGGAUAUGAUUGUAAGUGGCUGACAUUUAGAUAAAUCUAGAUUGUGUUUCGCCAAACCAAGAAACCAGAAAUUUGUUAGUUUGAAAAGGCCGGUUCUCCCGCCGUUUGAGAGAGGAUACACGAGAAGACACGACUCACUGUUAAAGAAAUUCACUGACUUGUUUGCGUUUGAGUCAUCUUUGUUUGACGCAGAAGCCUUUAAUAUUUAAGCAUGAAAAACCUUAAAAUCUCUUGCAUUUAUGCCAUUUAUAGUAAGUUUAUUUUAAUACACAAUUUUAAAUUAAAAGGAAAUGAGAGUGAAGAAAACAAAAAUGACGUACAUAAUUUAACCUACUGGGAUGUUAAGAGAUUUCAUGCGGACAUAACAAAUGAAACAAAAUACCCACUAAUGUGAAUUUCUCCAGGUUUACUUGUUCAAAUGUACAUGUUAACAAAAUCAUUGGCUGUUCAAGGGCUGUUUGAAUUAUAAUAAAUUGAAAACAUGGUACUCUCCGGGAGCCUUGCAGUGUAAUGUCAGUAUGUAGCCUGCAGCUCCUAGGCCUCCUUCACGGAUGUUCCUUUGGCUCUUACGGCUAGCAGCUUCUUUUGACUUUGCUGAUGAGAUUGCUCUUUUGUCUAAUGUGGUUGAUCAGGCUCGGAAACUACUCACACUAACAGAGUCUGAGUGCAAGAAAGUAGGCCUGCAGCUUAACCCAAAGAAGACGGAGGUUAUCAAUAAAUUACAACUCGAGUGUCGAUAGUCCACUCAAAACUAUGGAAGGAAAAGAACUGCAAGAAGUUCAGGAUUUUAAUUAUUAAGGUUCUCACAUUGCCUGCACAGAGAGUGACAUAAAAGCAAGAAAAGGCAAGGUCUGGAAGGGGCUGAAUGACAUGAAGAAGAUGUGGAGAUCUGAUAUGUCCAGGGGCGUAAAACUGUCAUUCUUCAAAGCCACUGUGGAAUUUGUUCUUCUUCAUGGUGGUGAAACCUGGACCCUCACCAAGUCAUUAAAUUGUUGUUAUACUUGCAUGCUGCAAGUGGCCUUGAAUGUUUCCUGGCAAAACCACACCUCCAAUGAAGAUCUUUUUGGAGAUUUUCCGAGAGUUGGAGAUGAAGUAGCAGCAAGAAGGAUGAGGCUCGCUGGGCAGUAUCAAGGACAUCCCUACCUCCCAGCACACAAACUCACCAGGACUUUGGGAGCCAACCCAUGGCCGUAGAAGCAGAGGAUGACCAAAAUCAACAUUUGUUGAUAUCUUAAAGCAAGAUGCUGAUGUAGACUCUAGUCAGGAAUUAGAGGCACUGAUGCUCAAUCGAAUAGUUUGGAAUAAUCUUGUCAAGACUCGGCUGUGGCCGACUUAGUAGUAAUAGUAGUUCCUCUUGGGAGGAGGACCCAGUGGAUCAACUGUUAUAAUCAUAGAAGAUGUGGGGGUUCAAGUUUGAUCUUUUCAUUUCUAUAUCCUCAUUAUUAUACAUCAGAUUUAUUGCCUGGAAGCAAUGUAGUUGUCAUGGACAUUGGGGCAACAACUGAAGAACUGUGUGAUCUUGUUAGGUAGCAAAAUAGUCCCACUUGUAACCAUGUUCAGAAUGUAAAACUACUACCACUAUAAAGUACCAAGGCAGUUAACUGCAGCAUAAAACCAAACAUCACACUUACAGUAAUGUGACUGCUAACCACUGGCGAUAAAUUGGAGACUUUGACAGGGCUGAACAAGUGAACAUCAGACUUAAAAGGGUUAUGUCUCAAGGAUAUUGCUGUUUAAGGUCAAGUCUGUGCUGAAGUCAUGAUUACUUCCUGUAGUGCCUUUACUGCCAUACACAAUAAUUAUUAUGCUCCUGUAGAGUUAUGAAGCAACAAAUCAAUCAAAUUUCAUCAGGAACCACUAACCAUACAUCCUCGGAGACCCAGGGGCAGAUCAUGGGGGCAAGGUUCAAGUUUGAUCUUUUCAUUUCUAUAUCCUCAUUAUUAUACAUCAUGACUGGUCAAAAAUCCUAUGCAUUUGCUACAAUAAUUUAAACAAGUGCUAACAAGUAAAGCUUGUUGAUUGUAAAACAAAUUCUUCUGUUAAGUACCAUAGAAAAUACAUAUCAAACAGUAAGGAGAAUAUAUGUGCUGACACAGUUUCUUUCUUAGCAUGAUGCCCAGAUGGACUAUUAUGGCAAGAAGCUUGCUACAUGCUCAUCUGACAGAACUGUAAAAAUUUUUGAAAUUAAUGGAACGACUCAAAAUCAAGUGGCCUGUUUGAGAGGGUAGGUGUAAAUGUAAGAUAUUUUUAUUACAAUAUUAUUCUUUGUUUGGAUAAUUUUUCUGAAAGAUCAUCAACCCAUUCUCCCUCUGGAAUUUUGCUGAAAAACAUGUUUUGAAACUACUCGAGUGGUUUUUGUGGUCUCUGUCUGGUUAUAAAGAGCUUGGUGGUUUGAGGUUCAAGAUUUUCAUGAAUUUUUGGGUCAACUUUACGUGGUUUUUUGCCUUUUUCUCUGGCCAACUUGACCAAAUCCUGGUCUUUCUGGUAUGGUUUGAAAGAUCUCUUCACCCUGUACAGGUUAGCUGACAAAGUUGUCCUUGACCUAUCAUUAAAAUAGACUACAUCACAAGUGGUAGAAGUUAUAUUUUUAUUUUUUUCCUUUCUCUGAAUGGUAUGCUACAACGUGAAAGAUAAUUAUAUAUUUUGAAUAUUUAUCAUGAACAUUUUGUUUGCAGGCAUGAAGGUCCAGUAUGGCAGGUUAGCUGGGCUCAUCCUAUGUUUGGUAAUCUCCUGGCAUCUUGUUCAUAUGACAGAAAAGUAAGUUUAAUCUUAGAUAAUCAUAAUAAUAAUAAUAAUAGUAAUAGUAAUGGUUUUAGUAGUAGUACUUCCACAAGGUGGCUCUUCGCCAACUAAUGCCCUAACUACAGUAUAGUAUUACAGAAAAUCAAGCUGAUUUUAAAUUUAAAAUGAUAUAUACAAUAAAUUAAGGAUAAGUAUAAAGGGUUUCAUUAAAAAGUAUGUACAAUUAAAAGACAGCGUGGUUCAAAAUAAUAAUAAUAAAAAUCAGUCAUAUGCUUUCUCCUUUGGAGAACAUGAGCUUCUUCGCUAACCUAACAAACUUGUUAUAGUCAGGCUCUUGCUUUAACCUAGCAGGUAAUGUAUUAAUAGUCUCGCUGCUGAGUCUUAGAUACUCUACCUGACCUAAGUUAUUUCCUUAUGUUACUUUAAUGUGUUUCCUUUUAGCUAAAGAUGACAUUAUUAUAUUACCCCUGGGAAUGUCACAACUAUAAAUUGAGCCUUAUUAAAUAAUUAUUUGUGCAUUUCAUGUGAUGGUUUCAUUUCUUAGGUUAUAAUUUGGAAAGAAACAAGUAAUGGAUGGUCAAAACUUCAGGAAUUUUGUAAUCAUGAUUCUUCAGGUAACAAGAGGUUUCUGUUCAAAUUGUAAUGACAAUGUAAUAUUUUUAUUAAGUCAAUUCAUCAGGUAAUCGGUAAGUGACUGUAUUUUCUAAAUCUGACAUUUUGUAGUAAAUGCAAUAUCCUGGGCAUCUCCAGACUAUGGCCUGAUGUUAGCUUGUGGUUCAUCAGAUGGAUCUAUUUCAAUAAUCACCAGUUCAGGUAACUAUUCAAUAUACAUACAUGUACAGUUUCUCCUCAAAACGUGUCUUUAUGUUUACUUUUUGGAAAAAUUGUCACACAUAUUAAGGUGGAUUAUUAAAUAAUUAUUAUUAACCCUUUAAGUCCCAAUAGUGACCAACAUCAAUUUUCUCCUGACGAUAUCCGUACGUUGUCAAGAGAUAUGGUUAUGAGAAUUAACAAAAUGAUUACCAAAGAGAAAAUGCCUUGAUCUUUGAACAAAUUCUCUCAACUCAUUCUUCAACGAAAUGUAUGGAGACCAGUUUGGAGAAUUUGUUUGUGGAUAUUGGGACUCAAAGGGUUAAGUCUCUCACAGUGAUUUUGCUACAAAAAGUAAUGGUGAGUCCUGGGACUUCAUCUUGAGAAAAAUCACAAGUGCUAGUCCAGAACCAUUGAGUCCCAGACAGUUCAAAAAGCAACAAGUCCCUGGGUCUUUAUGUAACCACUGAAGACAGACUCCAAAACUCUGUACCUACAGUUUACUGAAAUAGAAAUAUACUCCUUCUAUUGUCAAGCACAAUGAAGACUAAAAGAAAUAUGCAUGAUUUGUUAAACAAGAGCCGACAAGAACAGCCACAAAAAUCACACAAACAGCAAAAACAUCUUCAGAUCAAUCAAUUGAUCUUUGCAUCCUACGGGACACAUACCACAAAUUAUUUUGUCUUUGGAGAUUUUUAUGCGUCAGGGAUGCAGGACAUGGAGGUAACAAAGUCACUGCUAUGAAAGACCAGCUUCAGGCCAAAAAGAUGAUGAGGAAAGGUUUCCUGUUCUAUGCCUCAUGGCAUAAAUGUUAGUUGAGGAUUAUGGUCACAAAAUCUUAUGUCUACAUGCAUAUCUUUAAUUGGGUAAAUGCAUGCGUGACAUAACUCCUAUAAAAAACUAAAAAAUACCUUGAAAACCAUGUAAAAUUAUUUGUAAGCCAAGCUAACAUGUAUUUAAAUUUACUUCUUUUCAAACCAAAAUAACGCACAGUGCACAACCCAAACACCUGUUGGUAAAACUGUGCUGUAUUUUCUCCUCUUUCUUGGUUGCCACCAUCUCACACAUAUUCUUUACUAUGACUUUAACAGGUGAUGGUACAUGGGAAACGAAGAAAAUAAAUAAUGCUCAUACAGUAAGUUAGACCCUAGUAGAUAUUUUUUAUCCCUUGGGAUUUAUCAGGAUUAAAUACACAGCAACUCUCUUUGGGGUUCUUUGGGUCUUUAUUGCCUAGACCACCAUGAUAUACCCUCAGGGACAGAUGGUUGGGAAAACAGAAUGCUUAUCGUGUUUAAUGCACUAGCUGGCUAGAAUCGCAUAAUGACUCACACCUGGCUACAGCUUGCAUAUGUUCAUGGGUUUGGCGCUGAACCUCUGUCACAUGUAUUUAAUCCUGAUAAACAGGUUUAUCACUCGCAUGUUUAACGAACUCAUGGUGUAGUUUGCCCUUGAUGUGUUUCCGUACAUACUGUCAAGGUGAAGCCAUUGAGUAAGAAUAAUUCUUGAUGCUGUUCACGUGCAAGAUCUCUUAUGACCUUGCAUGCUGUAAUAUUCAAGUACAUCAUUACUGUCUUCAAAUGACUUCAACACAUUACCCUUAUCUUGUUUUAUGUUUUAGUUGUGGUGUCUUUUAUUAGUGGUAGUUUUACUUCACAAAAAACGUCUUGUUACAGGAAACUUCAAGUAUAACAAUCUAAAUGGCCACACAACAUCCUUUCCUGACAACAACUGAAUUUAUAGUGGUUUGUUUCAAAUUCAAAGUUUUUUUCCUUGCCAAGGCUGUAAACAUUAACAAAGAUGAGAGCCCCCCCCCCCCCACCAAAAAUACAUAAAAAAAAUUCCACUCUCAGAGGGGAAAAACCCAUAAAUUUCUCCAAGAUGCUGAACAUGCAAUAGUGUCAUUCUACAUAUAUGAUUCUGACUGUUAGAAAAACAAUGACUGAAUUUAGGGGGGUGUAUGAAGUAACUGCUGGACCACAAAAGACUUGACACCAUUUUAUGACUUGCCUGAGUACUCUCUCUCUCUCAGAUUGGUUGUAAUGCAGUCAGCUGGGCACCGUCUGUUGCACCAGGAUCAUUAUUAGAGGUAAUGUUGCCCCCUAAAGUUGUACUAAAUGCUUUGUCCAUUAACAAUGUUUUUACUUUCCUCUUCAAAGUUACACAUCAUUUUUAAAGAAUCUACACUAUACCCGAUUAAGCCCCCCUCCCCUCCUCCUUAUUAUUCUUCACUUGUAAAUUAAAGAUAGACUGCAUUAAUCAAUCUUGACUGUAAACGUUUGUGUGGACUGACCCAGGAUGGCUUACUUACCAGGUGGAAGUUCAGAUUUGUUUUUGAUCCUUGGCUGCAUAACAUUGGCAUAACCUGCAACGUCUUGUACUUAAGAUUUUCCACCUCGUUUUUCGUUUCUUUAUAGGGAGACGAUACCAUCGUCUUUGCUAAGUUAAAUAAGCCUCCCCCCUCUCUAAAGAGCCCCCUGUCUCUAUUAGGCUCCCCCUCAAAUGUGUUUGAAAUAAAUAAGCUCCCUAUAAUAGAGGAUUUACGGUAUUAUAAUUUUGUGGAUCUUGAGCUGUUUGCCGAUCCAAACUAAAGAUUUAAUGAUACAUGUACCUGCCAAAAAACUAAUGCUCUAGAGGAAUGGAGGAUUGUUGUGGACAAUAAAGAGAAGCGUAAAGAGCUUGUUCAUGCUUUGUGUGAAGAAUAACAUUUGACAAAGGAUAAAAGGAGUACUGUAUACUUCCGCUUGUAAGCCCUAGGCCUAUUUAACUUUGUAUUGGGAUUUAAGAGUGGUUAUAAACAGGUGGGAGGGGGGGGGGGGGGCUUUUAACUGAACUAAAAAAAUGUAUUUCAAAACAAGUUCCAUUGCACUGCUAGAAGCUACAUGGCAAUGCUCUCUUUUUAAGCCUCUAAACAUUGUGAAAAAUCAAAUUCAUUUCAAUACAAGCUAGAGGGAGGCCUCUAUUUGGGGGGCCUUUUUUGGUGUACAGGCAGAUGGGCUUAUAAUUGGGCGGGGGGGGGGGCUUAAAAGCGGGGGAGGGGGCUUAAAAGCAGAAGUUUACCGUAUGAGAACCACAAUGAAAGGAGGAGAGUAACAAAAAACUGAGGUCUAUGCUUAUCUCUAAAAUAUUUUGUGUAGUGCCUUUGUCGUGGUAUAAGGUUUUUAUGUUGCAGGCAAAAUGCAUUCUCAGGUUAAACCAAAAUUUCCUUGAUCUCCUGUGAAUAAUAAUAAACAAAGUAGGAUGAAUGCUGGCUUAACCUUAGAACAGAUUUGACCUGCAACAUAAUUAUUUUGGGGAUGAUAAGAGUCACUGAUGACGCCUAUUAUGAUUAUCUUCAUUUUAGCCUGGAUCUAAGCCUAGUGUGGUGGUUAAAAGAUUUGUCACAGGAGGUUGUGAUAACUUGGUGAAAGUUUGGAAGUAAGUACAUGUAACAAGGUGUAUUUUUUCACCAUCUUAGGGGGUUACUAUUAAUAGCAGUACAUGUGUCACUGUUGUACUUUUGACCAAUAACGAUCAUGAUGCCAAUGAGGAUACGUAAUUUGUUUGGUAGUCAUGACUUUUUGUGUUUGGUGAUUCCAUGUAUUUUCCUUUGUGGCCUAAGACUUCAAUUGCCAUCAACUGCCCAGAAAUAUAUGUCAUUUUUCCAAGUAUUCUUUUGUUAUUGAUUUAGUACCCAGAACCUUCUUUAUCUCUUCUUUUUUCCUCAUCUGUUUUUUUCUUCAUUACACUUAUUUUGUUUUUCAUUUAGAGAGGUGGAUGGUCAAUGGGUCGAAGAAGAGAAACUUGAGGCUCAUAGUGACUGGGUCAGAGAUGUUGCCUGGGCUCCUAAUGUGGGGUUACCUGUCAGCACCAUAGCAUCAUGUUCCCAGGUAAAGUAACUUUCAGUGCUUUGGUGAAGUGCUGAAGAAAUGGGAGUUUUCUCUGGUAGGGCAGCUUUGGACUGCAUUAUUUUACUUUCUUCAAAGGCAAACUUUGGAAAACACAGACCAGAAGUCAGUUAUUUCUCUCCUCUUCUCUCCUAAACAGUCAGGACCCCCAGUUGUAAUAAUUAUUACGUAAUGGCAGAAGUUUAUCUCAGCCUAUUUUAUCAUAGGAUUUUGCAGCGAUCUGCUAUCAGUUUGUUAAUAGCAGCAUGAUGUCCACAAGGCACAAGUCAACUGUUGACUGUUCCCUAGGGGAAAAUUUAAAUUGGAAUUGUUAAACCCCUCUCUCAAAUUUUUCUUUUUAAAGUUUGAAAAACGUUUUAUUCAGAAUAGCAUCCCCCAAUAGCUGUUAAUCCUUACUGUAAAAUUGAUAGAGUGGAAGCUCUCAUGAGCAGACACCCUCGGGACACGAAAAAGGUGUUCGCAGGGUGCAAAGAAAGUCAGCUUUACAGCCUGCUUUUCAGGCAAGCUGUAGCUAGCAUGUACUAGCCAACAAGUUAUUUCAACUAGCCCCAAAACCCUUUUUCAUUAGCAGAAUUGAUUACAAUCCUUCUGUAAUUUGAGUUUCCCUAGAAAACAGCACUUGCCCAUCGGGCAAGUUAAGAACAAAAAUCACUAGCCCGAUAGCAAAAUCCACUAGCCCGGGCUACGACAUGACUUUCUUUGAUUUGUAAGUGGAGCUGGCACUUACAGGAAUGUAAAAACACAUUUUGUAUGGAAGUUAAGAAAAAUGGGGUUUUGUGAAGGUAGCUGUUGUUAGAGCUGUCCACUUAGGAGAGUCUUGGUUUGGGGAGCUUCCAGUGAAAGUUACUUUGAGAACUUGACAGCAUUUUGUUUGGUUUUUUUGACAGGAUUGCCGUGUAGUUAUCUGGACAAAAAAUGAGGUUACAGGUGGUGGUUGGUCUUCUAAGGUAAAUACAAAGUCUCUAAAAACAUCUACUGGGACUCAAGUCUUAAGAUCAAAGAGUUGUUUCCGAUAAAGAAAUUAGUACAAUGUAGUUACAACACAAUUUAUUGUAAGUGCUGCUGCUGGUACUGUAUUUACAAUACAAUCAAUCCUUUGUGUGUGACCACUUGUCAUAAAUGACAGCCUCUCAUAAGCAGUCACGACCACUUUUUAGAGUGAUGGUUUUAGAAUCUUCUAUUGUUUUUAACCUCUUUUAACCCUUUAAGCCCCAAUGUCCACAUACAAAUUCUCCAAACUGAUCUCCAUACAUGUCCUUAAAGAAUUAGUUGAGAGCAUUUGAUGAAAGUUCAAAGAUUUUUCUCUUUGAGAUGAUUUUAUUAAUUCUCGUAGACUUUGCUCUUGACAAUUUAUGGAUCUGGUUAGGAGAAAAUUGAUUUUGGUCACUAUUGGGAGUUAAAAGGGUUAAGCAAUCACCUGAUACUAUGGUCUUCUCUUUGUGUUCACUGUAUGUACUACACUACUCAGAAUAUGAGAAGAACUUUAAGAAACAACAUGGAUUCACAUAUGUUCUUGCCUUCAAUACAUUCUCUCAAAAACGGAGAUGUGUCUAGACUUCUCCUCUUGAAAGACCUUCUGCAGUUCGACUCUCGUAAACACCUGCCUCCCUUAAGGGCCCAUUACAGUAACUGUUCACAUUUUAUGUGGUCCCUUUUGGGAGGUUACAGUCAAGACAGGUCAAGCGUACCCACCAAGAUUCUAUUGAUAAAUUUAUUAUUUGAAAAAUGAGUCUGUUAGUCAUUCCCGUAACUACUGUCAAAUUCAAAUCGGCGUUCCUGCAUGUGUAAUGAGCAGUGAAAAUUUUAUGAGAAAUUUUCUGUAUUUGGUCAGAUUGAACAUCUUUGAAUGGAUAAAACUGCUUCAAGACAUUUACAUCAAUUCAGGGAAACUAAGCUGGUAGAAAUUUCAUAACUGCCUCGUUUGUGAAUUCACUGCUCAUUAUGCAUGCAAGAAUACAGAGAUGAAUCUUAAAUCUACAACUACCAAUGGAUUCAACUUUUGAAUAGUAAAUUCAUAAAAGGGAUCUCAGAGGGUACGCUCGACCUUCCUUGAUUUUAAACUGUAACUGACAUACAUGUAAAAUUAAUCUGUCAUAACGUGAUAAAAGUGGUGACAAUGACUGGGUGUGAGAAAAUUGUUGUCCAAUCACCAAAAACACCAAGGGCUAGUGGAGCAACCCAUUGGGUGAGCCUGUUUUAAUUAUGAGCUGUCUUAUGGGCAAGCAUCAUUUGCUGCGAUUAAGUAAAUUUUAGUGAAAGGGGGGUUGGUAGUUAAGUGCAUGACUGGCCUGGUCUAGUGAAACUUUAGGUCAUUAUAAGUUUCUGGGAAACUUUCCACCUACCCCUCCCCUAAGCCAACAUGAACACUUACUUCUCACUUAGGAAAAAUGUUUGCUUAGGGGAAGGGUAGGUGGGCAGUUUCCCAGAGGCGUAUAAUUAUCCGUAAGUUUUAACACCAGAAUGGGCAAGCAAUUGUGUUAAAUUUUCAUCUCACCAUGCAUAGAGAGACUGAAAGGGGCCCCCUAAACUUUUCUUAGCAAUUUAUUAUAGCAGCUUUUUUGGUAAAUGGCCAAGUUUGAUAACAAGUUUGUGUUUACUUUUCAGGUUUUAAAGAAGUUUGGUGAUGUUGUUUGGCAUGUUAGUUGGUCUGUAACAGGGAACAUUUUAGCUGUAUCUGGUGGAGAUAACAAGGUAAACUUAACGUAGAAUCAGCCUUAAAUUGGCUGAGAUGCCAUGUUAAAUGACACUCUUUAUCUGUUUCGACCCUUUCUUGAAAGUCAUGUAAGAAACAGGCGCGAGAUAUCCUCUCACUGAUAGUCACCUUUACCCAAAACUGUCCAGGUUUCUUUUAGGCAAAAAAGAAACAGUUUAACUUUUGUUGAGGGGAUGCAGGGGAAGAGAAGGCAGCAUGGCCGUGUGGUCAGCGCAUCAGACUUGCAAUCCGGCAGUCCAGGGUUCGAGUCCGGCUCUGACCACUUUCUGGAUUUGUUUUCAGUUGUUCAAAUCCUCAGUCACACUUGGUAAUAGCCAACUGGAUGCCUCCUGCCAGUUGGGGUUUUUAAUCCUGGUUUAUUGUGUUUGAAUCAUUUGUUUUUAGUGGAGUGCCUAUAAACUAGCUGGAUAAGCUAAGUGCACUUUCCACUAUAAACAAGCCUUUAAAACUUAAAGAAAUGGCAUGUUCACUUUGCCAUGUUCCCUGAAAUAUUCCUCAGUGAAUGAAAGUGUCCUGCACUUUCACUGCAGAUUGAAACUUCUCCUAGCUUGUUUUCCAUUUGCUUUUGUACAGGUGAGCUUAUGGAAGGAGUCACUUGAAGGCCAAUGGGUUUGUGUUAGUGAUGUAUACAGAGGGCAAGGGCAGGAAACGCAAUGAUGUUUUUGUCAUUUCUUGGCCUUAUGGACCAAAAAAAAAAACAUUUUACAUAGCAAGAAGAAUUAUGUACAGGGUGUAAAAUAUGUCUUACCUCUCUAUACCUACAGUGUACAACACAGACAAAAUUUAUUACAUUGAAGAAUAGGUUUGUGGUGUUCUUGGGCCCGAAUGCGAGUUUUGCUGUUUGAUUGCGUGUGCAGAAACAGGAGCGUACUUACAUUGAAUUAUGUUUCCUUUUGCGCAAACUGUACAUGCAGUGGAUGUGAUCAAAUGCGAAACAUCAGUGUCUGUUUAGUUUGAGUCCUUAAUAAUAAUAUUAUUAACCUCCUUCCUUUCUCCCAGCUAUUGAGACGUUCCAUCAAAGUUGUCAUAAAUUUUUAAAUAAAAAAGAAUAGUUUUCAAGCUACACUGUGAAAGUAGUUUCACUUUUUAAUUAUUAUAAGACAGUUCCUUGAAAAAGAACUGCUUAUUACUUUUGUCCUCUUAAAGUAAUGUGAUCCUUGCAAUCACAUAAUGGCAGUUCACAACACAGCAGUGAAACUCCAUCAGCAGAACCGGUACCAUUCUCAGAAUAUUUUUCUCAACGUCAGCAUCCGCAAAAAUAUGCUUAAGCAUGGCAUAGCUGACGAGAGAAGACUCUAAGAACACGUUGAAUAUAAGGAGACGCGAAGUUUAACUCUUUUAGCAGAAAUUAAUGUGACCUAGGUCUUCGUCAAACCUCCAACUGACUUGUGUGAAAAAUUGCUUGUGACUAUGCUACCUAAGCUAACACUCGUUCUUAAAAUUCUUAACAUUUGCUACUGAUUUACUGAAACUAUCUAUUUUCUCAGAAGUGGUGAUUCUAUUUCUCUAAACAUAUCAAGUUUACAUAUUAUUAUUGAGAGCAUUGCCCUUGUUCACAAGACGUAUUCACUUAAACUACAGUUCUACCAAGCAGUUUCAUUAUAAUGAUUGUCAUGAAUUACAUUGGCAUAACUUUCGUUAUCCCUGGAUUUGUUCAUGGUACUCUAGAGUUUAAAUCCUCGUCCAUGCUUGUAAAUAGCCAGCUGGUUUGCCUUCGGCCAGUUGGGAUUCUUAACUCUGUUUAGUUUGAUUUGAAUUAUUUGUUUCAGGCAUUUGCACGGGGCCACUAGCAUUAGUGCUAUAGAUACUGACGAGGGUA